CCCGCCUCCGCGUCCCGGCAGCUCCGGAGCUGGUGGUGGCCACGAGCGAACAGGAGGCAGAGCGCAAGGACCGCGGCCCGGAGCGAGCGCCGCGCGUCUGCAGAGGCAAAGCGGGGCGCGGCUGCUACAGGACGGAGCCGGGAGCCGGGAGCCGGGAGCUGGGAGCCGGGAGCCAGUCGGGAGGCAGUGGCAGCAGGAACGACCCCCGCCGGAACUCCAGUCCAGUCCAGGCCCGGCCGUCAGCUGAUUGCGGCUCGGUGCGCGAGUCCAGAACAGAAAUUCUCUCUGUUGGAACCAUUCAUAAACAAGAGACAUUAACGCUGUGACAUAUGCCUGUGCCACCACCGCCACCACCACCUCCACCACCUCCUCUUCCUCCCCCUCCCCCACCUCUUGGGGCCCUUCCUCCACCUCUGGGAGCUCUUCCCCCUCCACCACCAUCUGGGCCUCUGGUGAGCACAGACACUUCCAGCCUGAGAAAGACAGAUCUGAAAGGUCGGAGUGCACUGUUGGCUGACAUCCAGCAAGGAACUCGCCUGCGAAAAGUCACACAGAUCAACGACCGGAGUGCCCCUCAAAUAGAGAGUUCAAAAGGAACCAGUAAAGAAGGAGGCUCUACAAAUUCUACAAAUGCCCGAGGAGGAAGUACCCCCCCAGCCCUGGGAGAUCUCUUUGCUGGAGGUUUUCCUGUGCUGCGACCAACAGGUCAGAGGGAUGCAGCAGGUGGCAAGACAGGGCCAGGCCCUGGCUCCCGGGCACCUUCUCCCAGGCUUCCCAUCAAGGCCAUCAGCAGCCAGCCUAACCCCCCUGCAUCUCCCAGGCUAGGCAAUGCCUCAGAGGCGCAGGGCACUGCCAGGAUGGGCCCCCCUCGCCCCAGCGUGCCAGCCCCACCGCCUCCCACACCACCUCCUCCUCCUCCACCCCCACCUCCACCUUUACCUCCUUCCUCCCCCAUCAAAGCCUCACUUGUGUCCCCACCUGUCCCAGUAAUCAAAGGGAAUCCCCCAGUUGUUGCAACCCCUCUUACCUGUACACCUCCGCCACCUCCCCCACUUCCCCCAACUCCACCUCUGCUGCCACCUGCCUCAGUGCUCAGCGACAAAGCUUCAAAGCCCCAGCUAGCCCCCUUGCCCCUCCCGCCCAUCCCUCCUCCUCUCCCUCUUCUUCCACCUUGCGGAUAUCCUGGGCUCAAUUCGGAACCUGUCAGCCCAGCCCAAGAGAUGCAGGAGCCUACUGCGCCACCACCCCCACCACCCCCACCACCCCUGCCACCCACACUCCCCUUGUACGCUUCCUGCUCCCCCAGGGCACCUUUGCCCACACCCCCUGUGCCAGGUUCUAAUAAUAGCUGUGAAACCCCUCCUCCCCUGCCCCCUAAGUCACCCACUUUCCAGGCCCAGGCUCAGAAGGCUGGCAUCCAGGCCCUGUCAGCUCCUCCAGUCCCUCCCGGGUCUCAGAUGCUCCUGCAGAAGAAGAGACUUGGCCGAGGCCCAGGGGCCAGUGGAGGGAAGCUAAACCCACCCCCAGCGCCCCCUGCAAGAUCACCUACCACAGAGCUCUCAAGCAAGAGCCAGCAGGCCCCAGCCUGGACCACAAGCCAGCAACCUGCAGGCCAACUGCGAAACGGAAGUCUGCACAUCAUGGAUGACUUCGAGUCUAAAUUCACGUUCCAUUCUGUGGAAGACUUUCCCCCUCCAGAUGAGUACAAACCAUGCCAGAAGAUUUACCCCAGCAAGCUCACUAGAAGCCGCACACCUGGUCCCUGGCUCCAGGCUGAGGCAGCUGGGCAGAGCUCUGAUGACAUCAAAGGCAGAAAUUCUCAGCUAUCUCUGAAAACACUCCGGUGAGAAGACGGAUGAAGCCAAGGUCCCCAGAUUUCGUGCAGCAGGGAUGGGCACCCCCAAGAAAAUGUGUCAGAAUCCAACAAUCACUAGCUGUACUCAAUCCACAUACAGGCUCUGACCAGAGCACUUAUUUAUUGUAAAUAUGUGGUUUGCAUGAGAUUUAGCCAUUUAGACAACUUUUGAGUCAUAUUUUUAAUAGGCUAUCACCAUCACCUCUCCAUUUUUUAAAAGCUUCUUGACAUUUUUUGUUUGUGCAUUGAGCCUUGUCUCCCGCGCCCCCACCACCAUAGUAUCCAUUCUGUGACUAUAAAUGCGCUUGCAGGCUGGCCCUUGCUAGAUUAUGAACCAUUUUUAGAGCAUCCUUAGUUACAAGUACUCCCAAAGUCAUAAGUAUCCACAACAAGCUCUCAUUGGCAUGACUUUAUAUUCUCAUCACACCAACUGCAAAAUCAGACCAAAUAAUGCCUUAUAAAUGAUGCAGCUCAGAGGAAGUAAUGUGUCCCCCACACCCCAAUCGUGCCGCGCCGCCUCCAGCGAGUGAGAUGCCAUGUCUCACUCCCAUUUCACAGUACAGGGAUGACUUCUUGCUGCCUAAUGUAAAUAUUAUUGCAACGUAAAGGCAAGAGUGGGCCUGGUCCCUCCAAUGCCUUCCACAGGGCCCCUUUUUGUAACUGAAGUGUUGUACAAGUAGCCAAUGCUCUUAACUGUUUACAACACCCCCUAGUGUCCACGUCUCCAUCACUAUCCUCCUGUCCCUCCAAGUUCUCAGUCCCACCCUGGCAAACUUGGCUUUAUGAGAUUUCAGUAUUUGUUUUCCCUUUCAGGUAAACAAAUAUAUAUGACCUGUGAUUGUGGUAAAUUACUGAUUGUCUUCCAGAAGUCUCCCUCCCCAUUUUUUCAUCCCAAAUGCAGGAUUUCCAUGGGAUAUGACUUGAAAAAGAAAAAAGUGUAGAAGGAAACAUCUCAUGAAAUAGUGUCUCUCAUAUCUGACUCUUUAGAAACCUAAAGAAUAGCAGGAUAAAUGGAGUUCCUUUCUAAGCCGAAGAAGCAAAGUGGCCUGGCAGCACCCCCAGCCUUGUGCUGGGCCCCCAGGAUGUGUUGGAGUGUGCAGGGAAUUAAGCUUCUCUGCCUGUGGGGAAAGGUCAGCUCAGGCAGGGACUAUUCACCACACCCUUUCUUUGGGCCUCAAGGGAAGGGACUAUUUCCAGUCUAACCCUAAAUGUUCCCCAACCAUUAUGGUGGGGAAGCUGUGACACAGAAAGGAGAGAAAAUAGAAGGGAACAGACUGAUCUCUGGGCUGUGCUCAAAAUAGCUACAGAUUAAAAGAAAUCAGGGAGGGAGAGCAGUGAACAAUCACUAGCUCAGAACAACCCACUCACACCCGCAGCUGACGCCCAGCAGGCCCAAGCUAAGCCAUCUAGGAAAGGUGAACAAGCAUGUAGCCAAUGUGACUCCAGACACCUGGCUGUUUGUUGUCCUGAACAAGGACUAAGGCAGUGUCCUACAUCGCUGUAGUUUUUCCUUGACCCAGAUAGGAGAAACAGCCAGGAUCAAGUUUCCAUCUCUGUGGGGGUGACUCAGGCCAAAUUGUAACAGCCAAAUCAAUGGGAAAGGCCUUCUACAGGCCUUUUGUGUUCCUGAUUUAUAUUGCUUCUGGAAGUCCUCCAAAAGGCCAGAAUUUAUUCUAACACUACCCACUCCACUUUCCUCUCAGUGGUAUAGAAUAAGUAUACACACUUUAAUCAUCUCAGUGAAGACAACUCUACACAAUAGCAAUUCCAGUUUGGGGGUAGACUGCCUCCCUUGUUCAUGUUCUGCACUGCUGGGAUAGACAUUAAAGCAAAACUAUCUGAGGACAGAGGGAAGAAAUAAGCAGAAACCAAAAUAUGGCAAGUAGGGUGAAAUCUCAGGAAUCCAACAUCACAUCUCUCCUCCAGACCCAUCACUGACCCCACAACCCUCUGAGCUCCUGCUGGUACACUGAGCUCCUUCCAGAGUAUACAGCCUAAGCCUUGACCAUGAACUCAUGCUGACAUCCCUCCCUUGUAUCAUCUGUGACUCCCUGUGUUUCACCUGUAUUUUAUAUUUAUUGAUGUCUCCCUCUGUAGAUUCAUUUCUUUGUACCUAAUAAACUUUAAUAAAUGGAA